GCUACUUAGGGCGGUAAACCCAAGAACCAUUCUGUUCCUUCUGUGGAGACCUUCCGAGCGUGUUUCUUGUGUGAGAGAUAUCACCUUGGAAUCAAGCACCGCGUGCGGACUCUCCAGUGGUUGAAGAGUCACCUUUACAAGUUGUUCAAGCCAUCGUUCAGCUCUGUCGAUUAAGAUGGUGCGCGAUUCUAUUGCUUUGCUCGUCUUCACGCUGAUUACAGCAGCGAUUGCAACCAGUGAAACUAAUCCAACAGUAUCAUGGACGGACUGCGGAGCACCACAAGGCAAAAUCCUGAUGACUGCGGUUUUGCAGGAAACGAGGUAUGCAAAAGCCCGAGAACAAUGUCAGAAUCUCAAUGGAGAUCUUGCUACCGUUCAAUCCACGCUGGAAAGAAAUUGUGCCAGCGCAACACUGUAUAGCGUGAGAACGUGUUCUUGUUGCGAUUCACGGGGUUUUUAUGAGUGCACUCGUGUGUCUGGAAAUGGAUCAUGUGGCUGUGAUACAUGGGUAGAUCUCACUGGAACAAACUUUUCUAAUGGACAAUUUCAAUCCUGGACCUGGUACACACCAUUCUCCAACACAGCAUCAAGUAGCAUAGCCUGGUUAAGCGGCUAUCCAAGACAAACCAGUGACUGGUAUCUUGUGUUUUACUUCCCCGAACUUGGAGGCUUUGGCAAUUAUCCUGACUUUCCACGUCCCUACCUGUGUCAACAAUACUAUCCACCAGCACCGCUCAAUAUAAGUUUGUUUUACGGAGGGGUCUAUGUACUGCGCGUUUCCGCUGUCUUACACCCGGCAACCUACGUGUCUAACAUCAGUGAAUACUGCUAUACCUACCGACCAGCCUUCACUGCAGGCACCAUUCAUAAGGCAUACGAUGCGAAUCGUGUGUGUGGCGCUGUUCACAGCGCUUUCAUAUCGCUCAAUUGUACAAGUAACACACUUUACAACAUCUCAGCUUAUUUGAAAACGGUGGCAGGACUUCGUAGCUCAGCAUCGGGAUGGACUCUGUUUUCAACUCGUCCAGAAAGUCCAUUGGGGGUAAUAGUAUACAAAAUCGCUGACACAUUUGUCCAGCUAAAGGCCAAUGUAACGGUACUCGGCAACCUUCCUGUUCUGCGGUACUUUUUCAAAUUUGGUAACAAGUGGAAGUAUUCUGAGAGGUACACGUCCCCAUUUCAACAAUCUAUCUACAUGUUUACGGAUUUGACUGCUGACACAAGCUAUAGUGUCUCCACAUCAAUCCGAAACAAGUACGUUUGGAGCUGGCCUUCCCAAUCAACAUCUAUCACGACACUUCCGCCAGCACCAUCAAAUCUCAAUGUUACUUCUACGGACACUGAAAUCAACGUAUCUGUGGAGGACACCUACAGAUCAGCAAUUGCCAAGUAUUGCUUUCUUCUAAUUGCACCAUCGUCCCUGUACAAGAACACACUUUGUGAUGCCAUGCAGAAUGUCAAGUUCAUGGGCUUGGCCAGCAGCAUGCUUUACAAUGUAAGCGCAUAUGUUGUCACCACGGAUGGACGGACCAGUAGUGGGUCUAAGACGAUGAGUAUUAGCACCAAUACGAAUGCGACAACAACAAGUGAUUCCCAGGACAGCCAUACCAGUGCCACUGCUGUCCCCAAGGAUCCACAUGAGAGUCCUAUACACACGGCUGUUCAAGCUAUUACCAAUCAGUCUGAUAGCAAUAUUGACACAGAGAGUGGCUCUCAGGAGAGCACAAGCAGCUUCGGUUUGGCAGCGAUUGGUGCUAGUUGUGGUGCAGCUGGAUUGCUCGUGUUGGUCAUUGCCAUUAUUCUGAUAUGGAAAUUCAAGAUGGUGCCUCGGAAACAGGGUGGGGACCUGAACCUCAGAGACCAGUCCGUUUCCAAUCAUAAUCCACUUGAUCCGGUUCAGGACACUCCCAUCAGUAUGGAUGCCAAUGAAGCGUAUGGUACCUGUGUCCUAGCCAAGAAUGAUGCAUAUGGCUGUGUGGAGUUGCGUGGCAACGAGGAGCAUGGUAACGGGUCUGGAGCGGGCGGCGGACUGGAGUCAGAGAGCGAAGCAGAGGACAAUUAUACUUACAUUGAUCACCAGUAGCGCCUAAAUCAUCAUCAUGAUUCUCGUCAGUGUUGUGUUAUGAGCCGACACUAUUCACUAUUGUGGAGCUUAAGUAAUAACACCCAGUCAUUCUCCACUGGUGUCAGUCCAUCUGCAGUUUCAAUUGCUCUUUUUCUUCUCUUUUGAAAGUGACAUUUCAAUAUAUUUCCAAAGGCACCACACCUUUCAUCUUCCUUUGAAACAGGUACUGCUUGCUUACGGCUGGACCUGAUAGGACAACACCAUACAUGAUGUACUUUGAGUUUCGCAACGCAUGCCUCCUUACCUGCAACAAUUUUCAGUGUACCUCUUAGCCAUAUUUGGGAUGGGUGGGUGGGUGGCUGCCUGAUUUCUUGUGUUAUUGUUUGAACGCUUAUGAACCGGACCACCGUUUUGUAUACAUGUAUCAGAAGAGGCACAUCAAUUUUUUCGUUUUCUUUGAGUUUUACAAGUUAAUCUCUGUUGGUAUGCACGCUAUCCGUUGUUUAUCUCCAUUGCAUAGCACAGUGGGGAGCGAUCAGCACGCUCUCUUAACUCCACCCUUCUUGCAUAUUGAAGAUAUUUAGUCAACUUCGAUCGUAUAUCCCAUGUUUUUGUAAUUACAAUGCAUAACUAGCUCUUCUUUCCUUCAAGGUCUGUGUUGUUCACCCUAUUCUGCUUGGUGUUCUACAUAUAGAUCUGCAUCGCUGGACCUCAGGAUGCUAAUUUUACACGCAUUUGUAACAAUUUUUACAUUCUUUCCAACUGCAUCAUAAUACAAUAUUGGGCAAACCUGUCC